CUUGCGUCACCCAGGGAACAGUGGGUUAACUGCUUGUUCAGGGGCAGCACGACAGAUUUUUACCUUGUUAGCUCGGUGAUUCGAUCCAGAGCGUUUCUGGUCCAAUGCUCUAACCACUAGGCUACCCAUCCAGGCAUAGUGCUAAUGCUAGUUAGCGUUGGUUUACGAAACUACCUCUAACUUCCUUCGUAAUGGGCACAGAGACAUAAAAUGUGUAUCCACAAGUUCAGCUGACUCUGGGGAAGUAGAUAAAGGGCCUCAUUGCUAAAAUACUGAAGUAUCACUUUAAUAUCAGCCACAGCACAAUGGUCUUUGGCUGUAGACUGUAGAGAAAAUAUUAGAUUAGAAUAUUAGUCUCUGCGCAGGCAAGAAUGUUGACAUGCCAUGAUUGUUGUGUACACUAUCAAAAACAUUGGUGUUCUGGUUGCAGCUUGGAAUAACCACUGCUGUACAAAUAUUGACGUAGACUAAAUUAUAACUGUUUGACAAAAUAUUCUACUGGUAUAUUUGAUCUCUGGGUUAUGUUGUUGGCAUGUUAUGACAUGUUACACUUUGAGUGUUAGACUACUGAGUUGUUAUGCCAUUUUCUCCCCCACAUCACUCCGGACCAACCUGAAUGGAAUUGUGGAUGGAAUCUGGAUAUGCUGUAUAUGACCUGUCAUGGGUGAAUCGCCAUGACGACAGAACCAAAUUCAGAGUCUAGCGCGGACCAGCAGGAGGUCAGUGCGGCUCCGCCACUGGAGGCGGACUCUUUUCCCCCGGCUGCCGCCCACAGCACGCCUGUCAGGAAAGAGCAGAACGGCGACGAGAGAGCGGAGGGAGGCGUGGUCCCACAGGGGAAUCAGCUGGAGCCAUCGCAGGCGGAGGAGGACAGGACCUCGUACAGGUCGUCCACCAGUAAGCUGUCCAGGUCUCCCGGUGGAGGACGGAGUGUCCGCAGCUCCAGGAACAUGCAGUGCAAGGUCACCCUGCUUGAUGGCUCCGCCUACACCUGCAUGGUGGAGAAACGGGAGAGAGGCCAUGUGUUAUUUGACAAAGUGUGUGAGCAGCUCAACCUCCUGGAAAAGGACUACUUUGGCAUCACAUUCCGGGACAUCGAAAACCAAAAGAACUGGUUAGACCAAUCCAAGGAGAUGAAGAAACAGAUCAGAGGAGCCGCCUGGAAUUUUUCAUUCAAUGUGAAGUUCUACCCUCCAGACCCUGCCCAGCUGUCUGAGGAUAUUACAAGAUAUUACCUGUGCCUCCAGUUGAGGGAUGACGUGGUGUCUGGGCGUCUGCCAUGCUCUUUCGCCACCCACACGGUGCUGGGAUCCUACACGGUUCAAUCAGAGUUGGGGGACUACGAUCUCGAGGAGUCUGGGACGGACUACGUCAACGAGUUCCGCUUCGCCCCCAACCAGACCAAGGAGCUGGAGGAGAAGGUCAUGGACCUGCACAAGAACUACAAAGGAAUGACGCCAGCUGACGCUGAGAUGCACUUCCUGGAAAACGUGAAGAAGCUGUCCAUGUACGGAGUUGACCUGCACCAUGCCAAGUUGGUAGGAAGCCUGUUUGAGUGCUUGUCUCCAGCUAAGGGCGAGGAUUCUGAGGGUGUUGAGAUCAUGUUGGGCGUGUGCUCUAGCGGUCUUCUGAUCUACCGUGACCGCCUGCGCAUCAACAGGUUCGCAUGGCCCAAGGUCCUCAAGAUCUCCUAUAAAAGGAAUAAUUUCUACAUCAAAAUACGCCCCGGAGAGUUUGAGCAGUUUGAAAGCACCAUCGGGUUCAAGCUCCCCAACCAUCGGGCGGCCAAGAGACUAUGGAAAGUCUGCGUGGAGCACCACACCUUUUUCAGGUUGGUGUCUCCAGAAACUCCCCCCAAGAAGUUCUUAAAUCUGGGCUCUAAGUUCCGAUACAGUGGGAGAACCCAGGCCCAGACGCGACGAGCCAGCUCCCAGAUCGUCCGUCCGGCGCCCCGCUUCGAGCGCUCCACCAGCAAGCGCUACAUCAUGUCGCGCAGCCUGGACGGAGCUCCGCAGAGUACACCCAAAAGGAGUUCACCCAAAAGGAGUUCACCCAAUAGGAGUUCACCCAAUAGGAGUUCACCCAAUAGGAGUUCACCCAAAAGGAGUUCACCCAAUAGGAGUUCACCCAAUAGGAGUUCACCCAAUAGGAGUUCACCCAAAAGGAGUUCACCCAAAAGGAGUUCACCCGAAAGGAGUUCACCCAAUAGGAGUUCACCCAAAAGGAGUUCACCCAAUAGGAGUUCACCCGAAAGGAGUUCACCCAAAAGGAGUUCACCCAAAAGGAAUACCCCCCAGUCUGUAUCCCCGAGAAUUGAACCACCUGCUAGUUUUAACAUCGCUAAACCAACAGAGAUGGGCUCGGACCUAUACGGAAGGGCGAAGGGCAUCGCCAUGAGCGACCUCAUCACCACCGUGACCCCGGAGAAAAGGGUGGAGGAGAGGAAGGCAGAGGAAGAGGUGGAAGUAAAGGUGGAGGUAGAGGUGGAAGUAGAGGUGGAAGUAGAGGUGGAAGUAGAGGUGGAAGUAGAGGUGGAGGAGGAUGAGACCACGAAAGCCACCGAGAUCUCUCUACCAAGUCCAACCUCUCCCAUUCGACACGACACCAAGACUGAACUGACUGACACUGGUGUCGAUGGUGAACUGACAGCCACAGAGUCGGACCAGGAGGAUGAGUCCGAGUUAAAGACACAGGACACAGUGGGCACGCCGGAGGAGCUGUUGAAACACACGACCAACAUCAGUGAGCUCAAGAGAUCGUUCCUGGAGACGGGCGCCGACUCGGCUGGCCUUACCGAAUGGGAGAAGAGGCUGUCAUCGUCCCCCCUGCGCUCGCCGCGCCUCGACGAGGCCCCCAUGAUCGAACCCCUGGAACUCGACGAGGUACCGAGCCAAGAGGAUGAGGGAGAGGAUGAGAGAGAGAGAGCCAUGGCUGCAGGCGGUAGCGUUGAGGAGGACAUCACGCACAGCCCUGUGGAUACUAAGACUACUGUGGACUCUGACGGGUGGGUAAUAGUAAGCAAAGUCCCUCCUAAGGUAGCCGAAAAGAGAAACAUUGUCAACUAUAAUGUUAUGGCCGUCGAUAACACUGUGGCUGAAGGAGCGCUCGGCGGCGCCAGUGGUGUCGUUGUCAUCAAGGAGUUUGGCAAACCAUACGAGAGCUUCAGCAGUGAACUAGCGUCCAAGGCCGAGGAGAUGGAGAAGACCUACACCCUGGGCAAAUCCUACGACACCAUGUCAGGCAAGAUCGUCACCAUGACGACGCAGGCCAAAGAUGGCGGGGAGGCGGCGGUAGCCGUUCCUGCGGUGUUCGCCAGGGAGCUGAAGAGGGCAGCAGACCAAUCCACCACCACUGUGAAGAUCAUCCCAGUGUCGACUGAGUACGAGAUGCCAGUGUCGGUCCACUUGAGUCUUCCGCCCAUAGAGGGAAUCGGACCCCCAAUGAUCACCAUCCAGGAGGCAAGGACCCCCUCUCCAUCUGAGGGAAUGGGACCCUCCAUGAUCACCAUCCAGGAGGCAAGGACCCCCUCUCCAUCUGAGGGAAUGGGACCCUCCAUGAUCACCAUCCAGGAGGCCAGGACCCCCUCUCCAUCCAUCCGAUCCAGCCAGGACAUCAGUGAUGCCGCGAGAGCUGACAGCAGGAAGCAGCUACGGGAGACUUUUCUUCUGGGAGACAGGAGCACCACCCCUGUUGCGCCUCACACACCCCUCUCUCCACGGUCCCCAAUGGCCAAGUCCCCAAUGGCCAAGUCCCCAAUGAAGAUGCCCAAGCCUCAAAUGGUCGAUCUGCGUCUGAGCCCCAGCCCUGUGUCCUAUCUUUCCAGAACCCCAUCGCCCUCCAAAGUGCCAAAGCCGACCUUUGAGGAGAUGUCUCCGGAGCUCACCGCUCUCUUACAGUCGGCCAGAGAUCAGACCAGCACGCGGGUCUGGACUGCUUCGCCUGCCUUUAGUCAGACCGUGUUUAAGACAACAGAGAAGGUGGAGCGGAUCGUGCUGCAGACAGAGGUGGUAUCUUCCCAACAAGAAAAGGACCAGGACCAGCCUGAGUUGAAGUUGGCACAGCCAGAACAGUCUGACCACCAGCCUGACAACAUGGAGAACCAGGCAGUGCAUCAGACUGAGCAGGUAGAGACAGACUCACUGGAAGGGAUAGAGGACGAUAGGCCUCAGUCCGUGCUGGGGUUUACAGGGCUGAGCAUGCAUGAUGACCACUCUGACGACUCAGACACGCCAAGCGACACUAGUGACGCCACUAGCGUAGCCUCGGCGGGGCCGGCCCUGACUGCCGCAGCCAAGGCCGCCGUGGACAAGGCUAUAGGGGCGGCGGUGAAGCAGGCGGAGGCCGAGGAGAAAACUCCAGCCCCAGGCUUGGGUGGAAGCCUAGGCCUUGGGCUGGACAGUCAGUCAGAGGGAGAGGAGUCAGCAGGGUCAGUCUCAGAGGAGGAAGCGGAGAAGGAGAACAGCCAAGACUGGAGAGGGUGCUUCGUGCCCCCCUCCCCCGUGCACACCUCUCCUAUUGGAGCGUCCUGGCAGAGUCUCAGUGGGGAGGUAGCUGCUGCAAGGGCUCACUCGGAGUUGUCUGUGCUGGAGGCUCCAGAGGUCCUGACCUUCAACAGGGCAGACGUGGUUGAUGUGACCCAGCAGGUCCCUGUAAUACACACGGAAAUUAAAACUGUCACAUGCCAGUCACUAGAGGCUGACGCUGAUCCCGAAGCGGGGGUGUUGAUGAGCGCCCAGACCAUCACCUCAGACACCACCAGCACCACCACAACCACACAUAUCACCAAGACUGUGAAAGGUGGCAUCUCAGAAACCAGGAUCGAGAAGAGAAUCGUAAUCUCGGGUGAUGCAGACAUUGACCAUGACGAGGCCUUGGCUCAGGCCAUAAAGGAGGCCAAAAAGCAGCACCCUGACAUGUCAGUGACCAAAGUAGUGGUCCACAAAGAGACUGAGAUCACGCCCGAGGAGUGCGAAGAGUGACCGCAGGUGUGAUGGGUCACCGGGUUCACCAACGUUUCGGGAGCAUUCUGUUAACGUUACUUCACGCUGUUCAGAGUACGGGACGCAAGCAGGAUAGUGGCGUUGCCAACAGACAGCACCCCACUGUAGCAGACACUAAUACUGCAUCCAACCACUACUGAACUAACCUCAUCCACCCACACUCCCUCACUCACUCACCAUCACUACUGGCAAACACAGACCUCCAAAGCUACCUUCAUUGGAACAUGUAUACUGCAUGAAAAGGGAACAAUUCUGCAUUUUUGUAAAAGAAAAAAUAACAAUAUAUCAAAAGUUCUACAUGUUUCACUUGACCUGUAAACUCAGACUCAAAGGUUGAAGAAUGUAUGUGAUGAGAGUUAAGAUAGUAUAGAUCAUUAUGUUGUAUUUAUUAUCAAACUGCUCACUUGGAAACAUGUAUAAUAGUAGGCUAUGAUGGCACAAUAUUUAUCCACGCAAUAGAUGUGGCAUUCAUCUUGUCAGAAGUCCCCUUAUUUAUCCCAAAUGCUGAUUUAUCCAAUUUUACAAAGAGUUUUCCCUUUAAAAAGACAACAAUAAUAUCUAUGGUACUGGUACAUGCAUUUGCUUAGUAGGUCAUUCAUCCUCAAAGAUGAUUUUGUUGUUUUUACUUGUAAAUAUGCUUAUUUGGUUUUCAUUAAUUACAAGGUGAGGAUGAGGAUGAUGAGGCAAAAUAUUGUAGAAGCGUUAGUUAGCAGGAAAAGUUCAACAGACUCCAUUACUGUGACCUCUGAGGUGAUUAAGAAACCCCUUAUUAUACAGUAUGUGUCUUCACACUGUGGAUUAUACUUUCUUGUUGGCUUGUAUCUGAAAUUAUACCCUAUUCCAUAUGGGCUCUGGUCAAAAGUAGUGUACUAUAUAGGGAGUAUGAUGCAAUUUUAGAUACAUAAUUGUUUAGACACAUUCUUAAAGGAAAACUCCACCCAAAAACAAUAUUUUGGUAUUUGUUUCAUUCGUCCAUUGUUGACACAGUCCCAACAUGUUUUGCUUGUCAGCAAUCAAGUUUUCAAGAUAUGUAACUUUGAAAAUACAGAAAUCAUCCCUGUAUGAAACAUUUUGCAUCACAGGGUGCUGCGUGUUGCGUCACAGGGUCCAAAAUGCAUCAUACAGGGAUGAUUUCUGUAUUUUCAAAGUCAAUGUAUUUGACAAGCAAAACAUUUUGGGACUAUGUCAACAAUGGACUAAUAACAUUUUUAAAAUGUUGUUGUUUUUUGAGGGGGGGGGGGUUCCUUUAAGUCCUACCCAGAAUCCUCCUCAUCCCUGUGUGGCACAUCCAAGCCUUAAAACUGUGCAGAAUGGGCAGACAACAACCUCAAGUACAAGCCUGCAGUGUGUGUUUGUGUGCUUGGUUUCUCCCACACAGAGGCAUCAUGCCCAAUCGAACUUGAGCUGGCACUAUCGGGUGGCACAUGCCUCCCUCAAUAUCAUCCACUGGGAUGAGAAUACAUAAUUAGCAGUGUCUUAUAGAAUGAAUAUUAAGACAUUAUAUAUAUAUAUAUAUUCGGUCAUCAGUGACCCCUCAGAGAUAUUGGGAUCAUGAUGCCUCUGAUCCCACCUCUUCAAAUCAUCAGCUGUGAAAACCGUCCUUGUUGAAUGUGUUUCCCACAAGAUAAAUAAAUGGAUAAAUACA